AGUAAUUAUCUUUUCUUUUAUGUUGUAGAAUGGCUCCACGUAAGGGGAAGGUGCAAAAGGAGGAGCAAGUGGUCCUUGGACCACAGGUCAAGGAGGGUGAAAAUGUCUUUGGUGUGGCACAUAUCUUUGCCAGUUUCAACGACACGUUUGUACAUGUCACAGAUUUGUCUGGAAAAGAAACCAUUGCCCGAGUUACUGGAGGAAUGAAGGUAAAGGCUGACAGAGAUGAGGCUUCCCCAUAUGCUGCUAUGUUGGCAGCCCAGGAUGUUGCUGAGAGAUGCAAAACUCUUGGAAUCAAUGCUCUUCACAUAAAACUGAGGGCCACUGGUGGAAACAGAACGAAGACUCCUGGACCUGGUGCCCAGUCAGCUCUUAGAGCCCUGGCUCGUUCUGGAAUGAAGAUUGGCAGAAUUGAGGAUGUCACCCCCAUCCCAUCAGACAGUACCAGGAGGAAGGGAGGACGACGUGGCCGUCGUUUGUAAAUUAUCACAUGCAGACAUGUACAAAACAUUAAAAAAAUUGAGAAGGAUAA